AAGCUUUACCCGCGAAGAUCUAUACACAAAUCUAACUCAAGAAAAAAAAAAAUAGCUUGAUAUAUUCUCUAAGAUGAAUGAAGAUUCUCUCGGAAUGUCUCUAUAUUAACUUCCAUCUUUCAUUUUGAUCUCCAUCCUCUUCUUGAUUUUCUUGUUUCUUGAUCUGUUUUUUUUUGUUCUUUCAAAAACGAUGGGACUUUGCCUCUGUUUGUUAGCAACUCCGGCGACAUUGUUGUGGACGACGAGUUUCUUCCGCCACAAACUCUUGAUUCUCUAACGAAUUGUUUCAUCACAUAAUCCCACUUAGAUUCGCAUUUAAGGUUUUAGUUUCUUCUUUUUUUUAUUUACUUUAAACAUCUCAAUGGAUCCCAAUUACGAUCAAGAAUCAAGAUCAAGAUCGGCUCCAACAGGUGAAAUCGAUAAUCAACCGGCUGAGAAAAAGCGUCGACUAACGGUUGAACAAGUGAAUAUGUUGGAGAAGAGCUUUGAAGAAGAGAAUAAAUUGGAACCAGAGAGAAAGACUGAGCUAGCUAAAAUGCUUGGAUUGCCUCAACGACAAGUAGCUGUUUGGUUUCAGAAUCGAAAAGCUCGGUGUAAGAUCAUGAAGAUCGAAAGAGAUUACGAUGUUCUCAAGGCUUGUUAUGAUUCCCUCCUGGCUAAACAUGAAUCAGUCAUCUCAGAGAAUGAGAAACUCAAAUCUAAAGUCUUCACUUUGACUGAGAUGCUUCUUCCUGCAGCACACCAAACCCAAAGAAACCUCCAAGGCAAGCUUAACUCUAAAGGUGAUGAUGAAACUAUGAGCUCUUCCACAGCUUUAGUUCCAUUGGCAAAUGACCAUUACUUCACCAACGUUGAUGAAACAUUCGGCUGGUGGGUUUGGCCAUCGAAUCUUAUGUAAAAAUCUGAGAAUCCAAGAUCGGUGUAGAGCACAAGAGAGAAAGACUUAGUAUUCUAUAAGCUUACGUUCUAAACAUGGGCAGAGGUUGAAUAGACUAGUAUAGAACAUAUUGACAUAUGAGAAAUAAGAAUGUUAAAAAGCUAUUACAAUCACUAUUUUAAAUAAAUAUAUUAUAUGAAAAUCUACUAAAGUUUCUA